GUACUUGUGCCAUCUCUUGGAUCAUAAACUAACUUACAAACUCAAUGCUUUUAUAAGACGUUAAUUUUUGUCUCUAUUUUCCAAUUUGAUCAAAGUUAAUUCAAAUAAACCAAUUUUACAUGAUUUUUUAUCCAAACUGUGUUUAAAUGAUCUAUGCUGCCUUUGUUAUCAUCAAUUUAGUUAUAUUUUUCAUUGCUUUUGAGGUUUAAGCAGAGCAAGGAGAUAGCCCUGUUAUUGUAACACUACUUUUUAUAUUUAUAUUUGGAGCUGACAAUUAUAUCUUUGAAUGGUCGAUCACAAUGCUAAGUUGAUUUUUGUUUCAUCUGUUCUGUGAUCAAAAAGAUUUACCAAAAUUCUUUGCCCAAUCCUUUUAUUCCGUCAAACUGGACUUGACUUUUCAUUUUGCCGACUUAAACGCAAACAUUAUGAUUAUGGGUAAUUCCUGAUUUGCGCAUUAACAUUACAUCUUUUGUAAACUCUUGCUACUUUAUAUAUUCAUUUAUACUCAUAAUAAUAGGUUAUAGUCUUCGAUAAACUAAGUGUCUCAAAUGGUUUAGGUGAAGGGAAUCGGGUAAAACUGCGCACUUUUAACCACCUUUUAGGAGGAGUUUUGGUUUUUACGGUAAAAAGAUGAAAAGCAAAGGGAAGAAUCAACUUUAGUUUCUUGGUUUAUAGUAAACUUGACUUUAACCUACCGUCUAUAGUGAUAGAUACAUCGGUAAAUUACUUUACUCUUCAUGUUGGUUAAGAUUCUUUUGUCUUUUUGUGAUUCUCUUUGAUAAUUUACUCUAAGUGUGAACCCUUUUGUAACAUUCAUCAACAUGACCAUACCAAAAUUCAAUUCCUUUUCAAUUCGGAGUUUACUUAAUGAGAUUGACAGUGACAAUGAAAGUGAAUCAACACCCUUUUCACCCAAUUUGGAUAAGACCUCAGUCAUUACCAACAGUGAACCCAAUGGGAUUGAAAGUGUAACAAAGUGUUCAACUUCGGAUGUAAAUAGUGAUCUGGACAACAUUGUUAAUAUGAAGAGUUGCCAUUCAUCAAAUUCAUCAAAAAGUGUAACUUCGUCUAAACCUGAAGUAAACUCUAAUAGUGAAAGUAACUCUGCCAAUAAACCCAAAUACAGUUACAAUGCAUUGAUAAUUAUGGCCAUUCAAAAUAGUCCAGAGAAAAAGUUGACCUUAAGUGGCAUUUACGAUUAUAUCACUGAAAACUUUCCUUAUUAUAGAAGCAACAAGCAGGGUUGGCAGAACUCGAUUCGUCACAAUCUGUCUCUUAAUAAGUGUUUCAUUAAAGUUCCCAGGAAUUAUGAUGAUCCUGGUAAAGGCAAUUAUUGGAUGUUGGAUCCAAAUGAAUCUGAUGAAGUGUUCAUUGGAACUUCUUCCGGCAAGUUGAGGAGGAAAAACAGUUCAAGAGCGAAACUCGCUCAAUCCUUUAGAAGGUCAAUCUUACAAAAUUAUGGUUCUUAUGGGUCACUGAAUCGGUUUCAAUUGUCAUCACUUUCACCUUACAGACCAACAUUCACCAAUCCAUUUGCCAACUGUGGUCAACCCAUGAAUGCAUUUUACUUCCAGUCAUGUUUAUUUUCACCCAAAUAUUGUAACAAUGACAAACAACAUUAACGUGUAAUUUCAUUUCAUGUAAAAUAACCAUUCUGUUCAAAAUUCAAUAAUAAAUGUAUUAUAAUACACAAUGUAA